CCCCCGACGUGACGAUGGAUUGUCGGAGUCGAUCAUUCGGCGACGGGUCGGCGCGCGCACCCACAAUGCAACGCGGCUCCGCGCGCUCCACGCAGCGGCUGUGAGAGACGUCAGCGGACCGAGGCUGAGAGGGGCAGCAUCGAACCCAGCCCCCGCCGAGGACGUCAGGACCGCUUUCUUUCCCCCCACCCGGAGGGGCGAGAUGCUCCUCGGACGCCUUGUGCGGCGUCUCCGCCAUCCGAGCUCCGGCGAGCGGGGAGACAUGAGCGCCUCGUAGCCGCCACUCGUCCCGCGUGCCAGCAUGCCUGUUAGGAGGGGACACGUCGCGCCACAGAACACCUUUCUGGGAAUUAUCAUCCGCAAAUUCGAGGGUCAGAACCGCAAGUUUGUGAUCGCCAACGCCAGGGUGGAGAACUGCGCCAUCAUUUACUGCAACGACGGCUUCUGCGAGAUGACGGGCUUCUCCAGACCCGACAUCAUGCAGAAGCCCUGCACCUGCGACUUCCUGCACGGCCGCCACACGGAGCAGGAGGCCAUGGAGCAGGUGGCCCAGGCCCUGCAGGGCUCGGAGGAGCGCAAGGUGGAGAUCGCCUACUGCCGCAAGGACGGCUCCGAUUUCCAGUGCAACAUCCACAUCAUCCCGGUGAAGAACGAGGAAGGCGUGGUCAUGAUGUUCAUCCUCAACUUCGACUACGUGGCCGACGAAGGAAGUGACAACUCUGCCGACAGGAUAAGUCCCGCCUCCCCCACUAAGUCCGAUCAGAGAAUGAGUCGCUUCUUCCGCUUUCGGCAGGCGGCCCUGAGCCUGAUGAACACCAAGCAGUCUCUCCCGCAAGAAGACCCGGAUGCCGUGAUGGUGGACUCCCCCAAAGACCAGGAGGACUGCGUGGCCCUCCAGGGCCCGCCCUCCCCCAGCAAGAGCACCUGCAGCCCCCUGGAGGCCAACGACACCCACGCCCUCAUCAGCUCCAGCCGACACUCCUCCCAGGCCAGCGUGGCCCCGGAGCCUCUGGACCACUCCUCUCCCAAACUCCUCUGGGAAAAACUGUACCAGACCCAGGCGCACCAUUCCUCCACCUCCCUGUCCAACACCUUCCCCCGGGGGAGUGUCAGCAGCAUGAGGCGGGCGUCCUCCGUCCACGAGAUGGAAGGUUGCACCUCCAGUUCCAAGAGCAUCUUCAGGGAGCGCCACACCAAUCAGGGUGCGUUCAACCACGUGAAGUCCAGCCUGCUGGGAUCCACGUCGGAGUCCAACAUCAACAAGUACAGCAGCAUCCACAAGAUCCCUCUGAUCGCCCUCACCUUCUCGGACGCCCACGACAAGAAGACUCACUCGCCGCCCACCUCCGACAAAACCAUCAUCGCGCCCAAGGUCAAAGACCGCACGCACAAUGUCACGGAAAAAGUCACACAGGUGUUGUCCCUGGGCGCGGACGUGCUGCCGGAGUACAAGCUGCAGAGCAACCGCAUCGACGUGCUGACCAUCCUGCACUACAGCCCCUUCAAGGCGGUGUGGGACUGGCUGAUCCUGCUGCUGGUCAUAUACACCGCCAUCCUCACCCCGUACUCCGCCGCCUUCCUGCUCAACGACCAGGAGGAGCAGCGCAGGCGGGAGUGCGGCUACUCCUGCAGCCCCCUCAACGUGGUGGACCUGAUGGUGGACAUCAUGUUCAUCAUCGACAUCCUCAUCAACUUCAGGACCACCUACGUCAACCACAACGAGGAGGUGGUCAGCCACGCCGCCAAGAUCGCCGUCCACUACUUCAAGGGCUGGUUCCUCAUCGACAUGGUGGCCGCCAUACCCUUCGACCUGCUCAUCUUCGGCUCCGGCUCCGACGAGACCACCACCCUGAUCGGGCUGCUGAAGACGGCCCGGCUGCUGCGGCUGGUGCGGGUGGCGAGGAAGCUGGACCGCUACUCUGAGUACGGGGCGGCGGUGCUGAUGCUGCUGAUGUGCAUCUUCGCCCUCAUCGCCCACUGGCUGGCGUGCAUCUGGUACGCCAUCGGCAACGUGGAGAAACCUUACCUGGAGCACAAGAUCGGCUGGCUGGACAACCUGGGCGUGUCCAUCGGCAAGCGCUACAACUACAGCGACGCCAGCUCGGGGCCGUCCAUCAAGGACAAGUACGUGACGGCGCUCUACUUCACCUUCAGCAGUCUGACCAGCGUGGGCUUCGGAAAUGUUUCCCCCAACACAAACUCCGAGAAGAUCUUUUCCAUCUGCGUCAUGCUGAUUGGCUCCCUGAUGUACGCCAGCAUCUUCGGCAACGUGUCGGCCAUCAUCCAGAGGUUGUACUCGGGCACGGCUCGCUACCACGCCCAGAUGUUGCGUGUCAAGGAGUUCAUUCGCUUCCAUCAGAUCCCCAACCCUCUGAGGCAGAGGGUGGAGGAAUACUUCCAGCACUCCUGGGCCUACACCAACGGCAUCGACAUGAACACGGAGGUGCUGAAGGGCUUCCCCGAGUGCCUGCAGGCGGACAUCUGCCUGCACCUGAACAACAAGCUGCUGCACAGCUGCAAGGUGUUCCAGGGGGCCAGCAAGGGUUGUCUGCGAGCCCUGGCCAUGCACCUGAAGAGCAGCCACGCUCCUCCAGGAGACACCCUGGUCCACUCUGGAGACGUCCUCACCGCACUCUACUUCCUCUCCCGCGGCUCCAUUGAGAUCCUCAAGGACGACAUCGUGGUCGCCAUCUUGGGUAAAAACGACAUCUUCGGAGAGAUGAUCCAGCAGUUGGCCAAGCCCGGCAAGUCCAGCGCUGACGUGCGAGCCCUGAGUUACUGCGACCUGAGCACCAUCCAGCGCGAAGACCUGCUGGAGGUCUUGGACAUGUACCCCGAGUUUGCAGACUACUUCUUCGCCAACCUGGAGCUGACCUUCAACCUGCGGGACGAGUCUGCCAGGCCUCCCAGUCCUCAGGGCUGUGACUCGGACGGCGAGGGCACUCAGAGCAUCAAAAGAAGAAUCUCCUUCACGCCAGAAAUGGACGACCGUGACGUCAGCACACACUUGGAAAGGGACUCAAACCUGUGCCUGAAAGUCCGGGUUCCCUCCACGCCGAGCACCCCGGUGCUGGACUCCAACCUUCUGGGACACAGCGAGACCACGGACAGCUUGAGGAGAAGUCCAUCUUUCCAAGAUCUGUGCUGUGACAAAUGGGCGUGCAAGAAGCCCGCCCACCACCUGGAGGAGGAGGCGGCCGUCCUGCGGGAGCUGAGAGAAGACCAGCGCUCCGCCGGCGAGGUCACCUACGGGGAGGUGGAGCAGCGCCUGGAGCAGCUGCAGGACCACCUCAGCAGGUUGGAAUCCCAGCUGAUGUCGGACAUCCAGAGCAUCCUGCAACUGCUGCAGAGACAGCCGGCCCUCGGGCCCCCGGCGUACAGCACGGUGACCGCCAGUCCAAACUACCACGCGUCUGCCGUCAACAUUCAGCCUGUUGCCUUGACGACGAGACAUGCUUUCAGCCAUACGCAAGCUCAACAGGGUCCUGACCCCCAAGUGAAGACGGCCUUCCAGGACCCCAAAGAGUCUGUGGUCAGCGCCAAGACGCCCGCAGAGAACAACAACCUCUCACCAAGACCCACAGAAGCCCAACACCAACUUCUUCCAGCACCCUCCUCUUCCGACCUCACCUAGACCGGAGACCCCCGACCCGUCUCAGACCCAGAGCUGCCAAGGCCAAAAAACCUCCUAACCUCUGUCUAGCACUGAAUGGUCCGGAAGUCCCUUUUAGAUCCGCAUGCCGCCACAAUCUUCAUUUGCAGUCGCUUGCUAGAACAUUCCAUUGACAUUUCUGAGGAUCCCAACAACACCCAGAUCCCUUCGGACCACUCUAGUCCUUCUGGUAUAUGCAAAACUGUACUGUACGUCUGGACCUACAGCACAGAUCCACCAACGCCGGUUUUCCUCCAGAGUCGCUUCUAGAUCUUCUCAGGAGACUUUAGUCGGAUGUUGCACAGAAACAAAGCUCUGGAGGAAAGUACAAACCCCAAGUUGUCACCUUGUGGAAAUGGUAAAUAAAAAAAGAAUUAGUAGCUCAUAAUAGCUCAUUUGGAACUUGAUGCCUGCGACAUGUUUCAAAAAAGCUGGCACAAGUGGCAAAAAAGACUGAGAGAGUUGAGGAGUGCUCAUCAAACACUUAUUUGAAACUUCCCACCGGGGUACGGGCUGAUUGGGAACAGGUGUGUGCCAUGAUUGGGUAUAAAAGCAGACUUCCUUGGAAUGCUCGGUCGUUCACAAACAAGGACGGGGCGAGUGUCACCGCGUUGUCGACAAACGCCCGAGCAAAUUGUUUAAUUUAAGAACCACAUUUCUCAACCAGCUGUGGCAAGGAAUUUAGAGAUUUCACCAUCUAAGCUCUGUGAAAUCAUCAAAAGGUUCAGAGAAUGUGGAGAAAUCACUGCAUGCAAGCGGCAAGGUUAAAAACCAACAUUGAAUGCCCGCGCACCACGUCAAAAAGCGACAGCGCCGUGUGAAGGAUAUCACCACAUGGGCUCAGGAACACUUCAGAAAACCACUGUCGGUAACUAUAGUUGGUCGCUACAUCUGUAAGUGCAAGUUAAAACCCUACUAUGCAAAGCCACGGCUAUUCAUCAACAACACCCAGAAACGCCGCCGGCUUCACUGGGGCAAAGCUCAUCUAAGAUGGACUGACGCAAAGUGGAAAAGUGUUCUGUGUUCUGAUUAGUACACAUUUCUAAUUGUUUUGGGAAAUUCUGGACGUGGUGUCCUCCGGAACAAAGAGGAAAAUAACCAUCCGGAUUGUUCCAGGGUGAAAGUGUAAAAAGCCAGCAUGUGUGAUGGUAUGGGGGUGUAUUAGUGCUCAAGGCAUGGGUAACUUACACAUCUGUGAAGGCACCAUUAAUGCUGAAAGGUACAUACAGGUUUUGGAGCAACAUAUGUUGCCAUCCAAGCAGCGCUGUCCAGGACGCCCCUGCUUAUUUCAGCAAGACGAUGCCAAGCCAGGUGUUACAACAGCGAAAUAUGAAGGAAGGCUAAAAUAUGAGAAGGGAGACUGUUGAACAACUUAAGCUGUACAUCAAGCAAGAAUGGGAACUAAUUCCACUUCAAAAAUGUGUCUCCUCAGUUCCCAAAGCUUUACUGAGUGUUGUUAAAAGGAAAGGCCAUGUAACACGCUGGUAAAAAUGCCAACUUUUGCAGUCUAUUUAAUUGAUUAUACGUUGAAAAGGAUUUGCAAAUUUACCAUUUACACAACGUGACAACUUCACUGCUUUUAGGGUUUGUAGUGUGCCCAAACUCGGGGGUUCUCCAACUCCGGUGCAGGGGGUCUCCUCGGACAAUCUGAGACCCUCGGGGCCAAAAGUCUACACCCCAGUGAUGAGAGUUUGGAUGAAAAGUCCCAGCAUUGAACUUUUUGUUCCACGUCCAACUGGAUCCCCUCCCUGGAGGUGAAAAAGGACUUCCGAUCCAGUCCAGCGAUCCUGCAGGUCCAGGGUUCUGAAUGCAUACAUAUCGCGGCAUAUUCGGCAUUUCAUACCAGCGAGCACACCGCGGCAUGCUCACCACUGAGUCACACAUGUACAAGUUGAUUUGAAAGGAAGGCAGCAUGAUAUUGCCCACAAUGUAUGUUCCAGCUCCGUGCAGCCACCAGUGUACCACAGUUUCUACACUAGUGUACCACAGUUUCUACACUAGUGUACCACAGUGUCUACACUAGUGUACCACAGUGUCUACACUAGUGUACCACAGCAUCUACACUAGUGUACCACAGCAUCUACACUAGUGUACCACAGCGUCUACACUAGUGUACCACAGCAUCUACACUAGUGUACCACAGCGUCUACACUAGUGUACCACAGUGUCUACACUAGUGUACCACAGCGUCUACACUAGUGUACCACAGCGUCUACACUAGUGUACCACAGCGUCUACACUAGUGUACCACAGCAUCUACACUAGUGUACCACAGAAUCUACACUAGUGUACCACAGAAUCUACACUAGUGUACCACAGUGUCUACACUAGUGUACCACAGCGUCUACACUAGUGUACCACAGAAUCUACACUAGUGUACCACAGUGUCUACACUAGUGUACCACAGCAUCUACACUAGUGUACCACAGCGUGCAGCCACUAGUGUACCACUGGUGUACCACAGAGUACCACUGGUGUACCACAGCGUGCAGCCACUUGUGCACCACUGGUGUACCACAGCUUGCAGCCACUAGUGUACCACUGGUGUACCACUGGUGUACCACAGCGUGCAGCCACUAGUGUACCACAGCGUGCAGCCACUAGUGUACCACCGGUGUACCACUGGUGUACCACAGCGUGCAGCCACUAGUGUACCACUGGUGUACCACAGCGUGCAGCCACUAGUGUACCACUGGUGUACCACUGGUGUACCACAGCGUGCAGCCACUAGUGUACCACUGGUGUACCACAGCGUGCAGCCACUAGUGUACCACUGGUGUACCACAGCGUGCAGCCACUAGUGUACCACUGGUGUACCACAGCGUGCAGCCACUAGUGUACCACUGGUGUACCACAGCGUGCAGCCACUAGUACCAGUGGUGUACCAUUAGUGUACCACUGGUGUACUGGUGUACCACAGCGUCUAUCCUAUUGUACCACAGCGUGCAGCCACUAGUGUACCACUGGUGUAUUACAGCGUGCAGCCACUAGUGUACCACUGGUGUAUUACAGCGUGCAGCCACUAGUGUACCACUGGUGUAUUACAGCGUGCAGCCAGUGACCUCCCAGCUGGUGUUGUGUGAGGUGUGUGUCAGGACGUGUGUAGAAGUGCACUGCAGUGGAGUGUGAGUGCACUGAGUAGUCCUUCCACACUUUGCAUCAUCAGGACUUGUCUAUCAUUUCUAGUGCACUGCAGUUGAGUGUGAGUGCAGAGAGUUGAGUUGAGUGUGAGUGCACUGAGUAGUCCUUCCACACGCUGCAUCAUCAGGACUUGUCUAUCAUUUCUAGUGCACUGCAGUUGAGUGUGAGUGCACUGAGCAGCCCUCCCACACUUUGCAUCAUCAGGACUUGUGUAUCAUUUCUAGUGCACUGCAUGGUUCUUCUAGUCCUCCUUUUGCUCCACUCGCUGGCCCAAAGUAGCAGACAGGAAAUUAUGUCUCUCUAGCCCGCCUAGGUGGGCCUACAGUAGUACCCAGGACACAAGUAUUCCUACAAUAUGGAACAUAUCAACCAGCACCGUGCUGGUGGAAACACGGCGAGGAACCACAUUGUCAGAUGGAUCUUUCAAACAAAACGAAAAAAAGGAAAAAAAUCUAUUUUUUUUACUGCUAUACUGGUCAUUCUUUUCUAGAAAGUAGUACUUCUUUGUUUUGGAACUGUGAGAUCAGCAAUAAAUGGAAACUCUCAGAAAA